UCCUGUCCUCCAAUCCUCCUCCCCGAACCAGCGCCGCAGUCCGUCUUCUGCCACCGCGCCGGCCGCUGCCGUCUUCUCUCCCAGUCGCCCAUCUCUUCUUCGUUCUUUUCUUCCCACCAGGCCACUCUCAGCAGCUGCUUCCUCUCCCGUUCCCACCCUCGACCGCCUCCGCUUCGUUUUCCUCAAGCCGGCCGCUUCUGCUCCCAUCCUGCCGGUUGCCUCCUCACCUCACUAGAUCCGCCGUCCGUCGACCAGCGGUAGGCGUCGACCACCAUGGAGUAGGUGCCUAAGCUUCCGGCCUCCGCCUCGAAGGCGCCAGGAACACGAGUCCACGCGCCGCGACGGGCUCCAACUUCCACGACGGCGACGGGCGACGGUGGCGCCGCCAGCCUGUUUCGACUCGCUUCCUCGUCUCCUGCUGACGACCAUCGACGAGCCGAGCUCGGGCUUCGUUCAAGCCAAACUCGAGCCUUCCUGGCUGGAAGCUCGAAGGUCAAACCAGGCUCGGCUCGAGUUGGUGUCGAGCUCGAGCCGUGCUCCUGAGCCUGCUCGUGGUCGGCUCGUCGACAGCCCUCAGCCCUGCAUCGGUUUUCUAUUAUAACUGCGCUGCGCGUCUGCGCCGCCGCCUCUGCUCCUCUGCUGCCCCCUUCAAAUCGGGCACCACAACCCUGGAGACUGGGAGUAGAGGGGGGAGCCGAACGAAUUGGGAUCGAAUCUGUUCCUCAAUUAAUCCCUCGAUUAGAGCUGCCCCGCCCUUUGGAAAUCCUCUGAUCUGGUGAUUUGGGGUCGGAGCCUUGUUGUCUUCUUAAUGUGUGCUUUGGGGACUUAUAUUGGUCAUGCAACUUAGUCAAAAGGUGAACUGAGUAUAUUUCAGUCAGUGGAAGAAAGGAAUUUGGUCAAUUAAUUUUACCACAAAGUGGAACCGGGCAAUAUGACAUCAGUAGGUCUACUGAAUCCCUCAUCAGGUUAUGAAGCUAGUACUAGUGGCGCCACUGAUAGAUUGCCAGAUGAGAUGAAUGGGAUGAGCAUAAGAGAUGAAAAGGAAGUUGAAGCUGUUGUUGUCAAUGGCAAUGGGAUGGAGGUUGGUCAUACCAUCGUAACAUCUGUUGGUGGAAGAAAUUCGCAGCCAAGGCAGACUAUUAGUUACAUGGCAGAGCGUAUUGUGGGGCAAGGUUCAUUUGGAGUUGUCUUCCAGGCCCGGUGUCUGGAAACUAGUGAGAGAGUAGCUAUAAAGAAAGUUCUUCAAGAUGUGAGGUACAAGAACCGUGAACUGCAAACAAUGCAAGUUCUUGAUCACCCUAAUGUUGUAUGCUUGAAGCAUUACUUUUGCUCAACAACUGAUAAGGAAGAGCUUUACCUCAAUUUGGUGCUUGAAUAUGUGCCAGAAACUGUUCACCGUGUUAUUAAACAUUACAAUAAAAUGAAUCAACGGAUGCCGUUGAUAUAUGUCAAACUCUAUAUGUACCAGAUUUGUAGAGCUUUGGCAUACAUGCAUAAUUGUGUAGGAGUAUGCCACAGAGAUAUAAAGCCACAAAAUAUUCUGGUGAACCCACAUACUCAUCAACUGAAAUUGUGUGAUUUUGGCAGUGCGAAAGUCUUGGUACGAGGGGAACCAAAUAUUUCAUAUAUCUGUUCUAGAUACUACAGAGCUCCAGAGCUCAUAUUUGGUGCUACAGAGUACACGACAGCUAUUGAUGUGUGGUCUGCUGGCUGUGUUCUUGCUGAACUUCUUCUAGGGCAGCCUGUUUUUCCUGGGGAUAGUGGCGUCGAUCAGCUUGUUGAAAUUAUCAAGGUUCUAGGUACUCCAACACGAGAUGAAAUUAAGCGCAUGAACCCAAACUAUACUGAGUUUAAGUUCCCACAAAUCAAAGCUCACCCAUGGCACAAGAUCUUCCACAAAAGAAUGCCAUCUGAAGCUGUAGAUCUUGUUUCACGGCUCCUACAGUACUCACCAAACCUCCGGUGCACUGCAUUGGAGGCUUUAAUCCAUCCAUUCUUUGAUGAACUACGUGAUCCGAAUGCCCGAUUACCGAAUGGUCGUUCUCUUCCCCAUCUCUUCAAUUUUAAGCCUAAUGAGUUAAGAGGAGUACCGAUGGAGUUUCUCAUGAAAUUAAUUCCUCAGCAUGCUAAGAAGCAAUGUGCCUUCUUAGGAAUAUGAGAAAGCGGUUCAGAAUGCUCACAAAAAAAGAAGGAAUCAUCAAAUGCUGUGUUGAAAACUGCAGAGUAGCAUUUGCCUACAGUAUUAUUGGAUGGGCAAUGCAUGCUGUUAUCUUUCACUCUGGCUGUCAUGUCACGUGUUUCUUCUAUCACUGCAGCGAGCCCUUUCACCACAUUCUGUAAAGCAGAUGAGGACACAAAGCGAGUGGUCAUCCUUUCAUGUGGUCUGUAUAUUGAUCUGCCCCGACCUUGAGGACUCGAUUCUUUGCGUAUCUUAUUCUUCGUUUUUUGGAGAUGGAUUCUUUGCAUAUCUGUAUCACCAAAUGAAGAAAAAAGAACUCAUGUGUAUGUUUGAUCUGAAUUCUUUUUCCUGAGCCUGUAUCUGUUUUCAGCUACCAUUGGAGUUGAAGCCUUUUAAUCUGUAAUAGUCAUGAGCAAGGAAAGAUCAUCUACAGAUGAUGCAUUUUCCAGUCUAAGCUAUUCUUUAUAUUUCUAUUAUUCUUUUGUGUUCAACAUCGGUUCCUAUUAAGUAAUGCAUAAAUUGUUAACUGUUUGGUUU